GGAGUCUGCCGGCAGUAGUUUAAGCGCGCAGAGGAGGAGAGCGGGUUCCGGGAGGUCUUUCGGGCCGGCGCGAGGGAGCUGCAGGUGGGACCGUUACCCGCCCGGCACCUGAGAGCGAGAGGGGCGGCCGGAAAGGAAGCGUGCCUGCGCACCAUGAUCCCCUUGGAGAAGCCGGGCAGCCGCGGCUCCCCCUCGGCAGCCGCCUCAGGGGCGGGCCGGAGUCUGGGCGCGCCGCGCCGGCCGCCGCCCCCACCCCAGGCCCGCGGGCUGCUGACGGAGAUCCGCACCGCCGUGCGCACCGAGCCCUUCCAGGACGGCUACAGCCUCAGCCCGGGCCGAGAGCUGGGCAGGGGGAAAUUUGCAGUGGUGAGGAAAUGUAUAAAGAAAGAUUCUGGAAAAGAAUUUGCAGCAAAGUUCAUGAGAAAAAGAAGAAAAGGCCAAGAUUGUCGAAUGGAAAUAAUUCAUGAGAUUGCUGUUCUUGAACUAGCACAGGAUAAUCCUUGGGUCAUUAAUUUACAUGAAGUCUAUGAAACUCCAUCAGAAAUGAUUUUAGUUCUGGAAUAUGCUGCUGGGGGUGAAAUCUUUGACCAGUGUGUUGCAGACAGAGAAGACGCCUUUAAAGAAAAAGAUGUUCAAAGACUCAUGAGGCAGAUAUUAGAAGGUGUUCGCUUUUUACAUGCUCAUAAUGUAGUACAUCUUGAUCUGAAGCCUCAGAAUAUUCUGCUGACAAGUGAAUCUCCACUGGGUGACAUUAAGAUAGUUGAUUUUGGUCUUUCAAGAAUAAUGAAGAACAGUGAAGAGCUCCGAGAAAUUAUGGGUACUCCUGAAUAUGUGGCUCCUGAAAUUCUUAGUUAUGAUCCUAUCAGCAUGGCAACAGAUAUGUGGAGCAUUGGAGUGUUAACAUAUGUCAUGCUUACGGGAGUAUCGCCUUUCUUAGGUGAUGAUAAACAAGAAACGUUCCUAAACAUCUCUCAGAUGAACUUAAGCUAUUCUGAGGAAGAAUUUGAUGUUGUGUCUGAGUCUGCUAUUAACUUCAUUAAGACGCUUUUAGUUAAGAAACCUGAACAUCGAGCCACAGCUGAAGAAUGUCUAAAACAUCCGUGGUUGACAGAGAGCAGUAUUCAGGAUCCUUCUUUCAAGGUGAAAGGGACAUUAGAAGAAGCAAAUGCACUCCAAGAAGGUGAUUCUGUGCCUGAAAUUAAUUCAGAUACUCAGAAACCAGAAACCGAGGAAUCAGUUGUAACAGAGGAGUUAAUUGUAUUUACUUCAUAUACUUUAGGACAAUGCAGACAGUCUGAAAAAGAGAAAAUGGAGCAAAAGGCCAUUUCCAAACGAUUUAAAUUUGAGGAACCUUUGCUACAAGAAAUUCCAGGAGAAUUUAUCUACUGAGCAAUACUUCCCUUUAGAACUUUAAGAUUUCUACAUUGAAAACAUUAAUAUUAUUUAUGGACUUCUGGCCAAAUGGUACAUGUACUGAAAGUGGACAAACCAGGUAUCACUGAUAGAAAAAAAACUAAAAUUACUUUGUCAAACUUGUGGAUUUAGAUAUAUCAAGACAGAUUUAUAAAGUUGCCAACCAGGAGUUUUAACGGGUAAAGUUAUCUGUGUCAAUGUUAUUUUUAAGAAGGGAGAUGUUUGAACCUUUUAUUUCUAAAUCCUAUUUCUCCAGAAUGAAAAUUUGUUAUGUAAAGAUAAUCUGUAUUUACUUUCUUUAAAAAUCCAAGUAAAAGUGCCAAAUUAACAUCUUUGUAAAUCUAUUUGCAUUAUUCUUGUGUAUCUAUAUAUGCAUAUAUGUAUUGAUAUCUUUACUAAAAUUGAUACUUUUUCACUUUGGAUUUUUUUGGAGGAGUAAGAUUUUAAUUAGGUAUCUUUCAAAUUUUGAGACCUAGAAUAACAUCCAUGAUAGUUUAAUAAUGUCUUAUUUUUAUAUUUUAUUACUGCUUUGUAUCGACUUGAUUUGACUUCUUUUGUCUUUGUUUUUGCCUAAUGCUUAUAACCUAUCAGUGAAAACCCUUGCUCAUUUUUUUUUCUCUUCAAUGUCACUAAUAAGAGUGGUGGUGAUUUUUCACUUCCCAUUAUUCUGGUUUUAAGGUCAAGGUAGGUUAAGUAAUCCUGUAAUAUUAAACCAGCGUUGGCUUCUUGGCUGUUUCCCUCCUCACACCUUACAUAUUUACCCCUUUCAUAAGGCUGUUCCCUGCCACCACCUCACAUGCUUAUCACCUAAUUGUGGUCACUUGCAAGUGUCAGUGUGAUCUGAUCAACAUGAUGGUUGCUUUGAUCAAUGCAAA